AUGUACUCCAAAAUCAUUAGUGUCGCAUUCGUCCUCGCUGCCACUUUGGCACCUACCAGCGCAGCGGUCUUCCCAAGGAGCGACAAUCAGCCUGCUCCAACUCCCACAAUCACGCCCACUGUCGUCCCUACUACUACGCUUACACCCACCACCACCACGUCGUCGUCUUCUACCUCUGUUACGACCUCUACCACACCUUCUCCCACUACCACGAUUACGCCUACUACUACGCUGUCCACGCUUACGCCUACUACUACUCCUCCUACUACUACGCUAACGCCCACAACGACGCUGACGCCUAAGCCUCCUAUCACCACGCCAACGCCCACGACGACUUUGACGCCCACGACGACUCUGACGCCCACCGGCAAACCUCAGCCAAGCCAGCCGUCCACUUCAUCCGCGUCGUGUAAUGGUAUCCAGCCAUGGCAGGUUAAUCUCGCAUACAGCGCAGGCGCUCAAGUGAUUUUCAACAAUCAACUGUGGACCGCUAAUCAGUGGAGUUAUAACAACAACCCUGAGUCUGCUGCUGGCGCGUGGACUCUGACUGGGGUUUGCAACCAACCGAUUAGCAACAAGGUUGAUUGUACCGGAAUCCCUGCUUGGAGCCAGCCUACUGCUUAUCCCGGGGGCUCCAAAGUGACCUUUAAUGGCCAUCUCUGGAUCUCUACGCAGUGGACCUCGAGUAACAAGCCUGGUGACACUUCCGGAACUUGGAAGGAUUUGGGUGCUUGCAACUAA